GGGUUGGACUGAUUUAAGAUAUCAGGCUAAGACUAGAUCAUCAGAAAUCGUCGAGAAUGGCGCUGAAGGGGCUGUUAUUGUCUAAAGACGUUAGCGCUUACACGUCCAGAACAACAGAAUAAUAGAACAAUAAGAUGGUGGUGGUAUGUAAAUACCAGUCUGAGUGGUGGCGGUGCAUUCAUUACAUAUGUCCCUUUUCACCAAUUUCAGCUGUCUCGAUGAGCUCAUCCAAGUCGUCUACCAGGAUGUCAACCGAUUCGUUGUACUCUCUAACGUGUCUAGUAGCGAAUGGUCAAUUCAUCUAGGUCUGACAGACGAAGGACGGUGGUGGUACGGACGGUGGCAAGAGGCGGAUGUCACGAAGCUGGUGGGCACCAAUCCGUCGGAUUUCUUGCUUGAGACGUUCGCGGAGAAACUGGCGGAUAGCAUCCUCAAGGGUGACCUACAUAUCACUAAUUUCGACGGGGGUAAAGACAUCAGCUUUACACUUGGACCAGCUACUAAGAAGCCUAUGAAUAUCUCUCUUGAAGAGAUGGUCCCUGAAGAAUCGGCGAUAUACGCAUGUCGCGUGUUGCUAGAUGUUGCUCUACAGGCGCAGAAGCGGAAGUGUCACCUUCAUCCCGAUGGCCUCGAUUUUAUUGCGGUGCAGCCACCUGAGCCUUCGGGCAGUACGACUCGAACGCCUCCCAAGUCCAAGCCCGUGCCUAGCCCUGCUAGUCCCAAAGAGAAAGAGGUCAGAGAACCCAAGGCUAAGGCAGGGUCUUCAAAUGACAAGAAACGGAAGGAGGCUGAGCUGGUCAAACCUGAAUCUAAGAAGGCGUUUUCGCCUCGACCUAUGAAGCUGCCAGGCGGGUCGCUGGCAAAUCCUACCAGGAAAGCUCGUUAUUAUGUGCCGUAUGGAUUUGUCAGCGACAAUGAAGAUUGGGACUCGGAUUGAAGGCGUACCCCUUCUCGGACUCUUGUAAUGUACUACAUAGCAUUGUAUAUGUCUUCAAAUUCGGUCCAGCAGAAUAUAUUUUGUAGUACGCCGUCUUAGCGCGCGCUCCCAAGUUU